CUGUCUCAAAGAAAACAAUCACAUUCUGCGCAUCUUGAAUGAUUCGAUUGUCACGUGAACCACUUGAUCACGCCAACAUCGGAAGGUGGUAUGAGACGCGCAGCACAGCAGUACAUCAGUUAACAUUCUGAUUAUUCUCCUUUGAGGCAUGCAUAUUACUUUAUAGAGUGACCUAAAUCACCCGAGAAUGUAGUGAAGACUACUGAGUGUCCCAGCUCGAUUACCGUCCGGGAGUACGCGUCACAGUCGUGUAACCGCCAACCGGCGGCGUGGUUGGUUAGUGUCCGUCGGUCGUGUGUCGGCACUGUGGUAUUGGCCACUCGCAACGCUUCGUCCGUGUCGGUCUGCGGUAGCUGGCUGUGGCUGGUAGUUGACCAACUGGAAUUGGCGAAACAUCAUGCCGGUAUUUAGGUGAAACGGAAAAAGAUGGUCAAAAAUGUCGCGCAGACAAGGUGAAAGUACAUAAACUUCCGCCAAAAUGCACAUCAUUUGUGUAUAAUGGCGUUAUGGUUACAUCAGAUUAUAAUAUCCAGUAUAAAGACGAUAAAGACGAUAUGGCCGGAAGGGUAUGCUUAUAUGACCUUGUACAUUUUGAUAAGCAGGCAAAAAAUGUGUACUUAUUUUUUUCACAUGGAAUCACACGUGAUUGGCAUCAUAUGCUUAUAAAUGGAGAUUAUACGAUUGUGAGUAGAAAAGUGCGCAUUGUGCGUAAUAAGUAUUAUGUGAAAGGGUUGAUUCUGGAUGGAUUUCAUUAUGCUUAUGAAAAUGCUGUUGGUGAUAUGUACCAAAACUUAACCGAUUACGUAAAAGCUAUUAAACAUUUUGAUGCAAAAUUGGAAAUUGGGCUUUAUUUGAGUGCUAAUACUUUCAUAAAAUAUGAAAGUAAAGUGGAGUGUAUCGACAAAGACGAUGACUGGUACCAACCACCUUGUAAUAAGCCAUAUUUUGAUUUCUCAAAGAUGAAUUCAAUUAUGGAUUUCUACAUAAUUGAAUUUCAUACUUUAAACAAAUGUAUUACUGAUUUAUUACGUACUGGAAUUACACCUUUGGAUUCAUCAAAUCCGCAUAUUUUUUCAUUAAACUAUUUUGCAGCACUUUUAGCAAAUUCAACCAUUGAUAAGCAAAAAUUAUAUUUUGAAUUCUUAAUAAGUCCUAUACCGUUGACCAAUGAAAUUGGAAAUUUCCCGAAUUGUGAAAUAUCAUAUAACGAGUAUUGUGAAAACAAAAAUAACAAAAAAAGUAAAUUUUGUGCCGAUGACUCAGAAGCAUUGUACCAAAAAGGUAAAUUUACAAAAGCCAAUGCAAAGGGAUUCAUAGGCAUGUAUAUAGAUUUAGUCGAUCGUGAUAAUAAAUGUCAUUGUGGAAAGUACAUGGCGUUUGAUAUGAUGGUAAAAAGAUAUAAUGGUGAAACGGAUCCAAAGGAUUGCGAACCAUUAAGAGGCUCUUGAAUACUUGAAUUAAUAGUUAUUGUCUUAUACUGUAAUUAGGUACAGUUAAUUGAUUAUAGUGUCUUCUACUAGUUACUUGAUUCUCAUAGAACAUUUUUUUUAUUUUUUUGUAAUCCAAAAACUAUUAAAACCAUCUGUAUACUUGAAAUUUUUUAAGAAAUAAACAAUCUGUGUACUAUUCCUAGAGAACAAUUAGAAAUAAAAAUAUAUGAUAACAGAAGCAACCAUGAAUUAUGAUAAAAACGUCAGGGAACUAAAACAUCUAAAAAUAUUGGGAUUUUAGGACAGUUUUUCUGUAUAAACAUUUUAGUUCAAAUUCAGACAAAAUGAAAUAAGUAUUUAAACGAAGA